AUGUUGUAAUAGAAAUAUAUUAAGUUCACAAACUUACAAGAUUUUAUUAGCUCUUAAUUAUAGGACUAUGAAAAUGUUGUAAUUGAUUUGAGUGAAAGUAAAGGAAAAUUAGAUAAUAAGAUUAUGUCUGAGUUCACCUCUAGUUUAGCUAGCUGUAAAAACCUAAAAAAAUUAGUCAUGUAUCUCUACCAAAAAAAACUCAGUGAUGACGGAAUAUCAAAUUUAGGGUUUAGUAUAUAGAAGUGCGAGAAUCUUUCAACUUUACAAUUACAUUUGAUGUCGAAUUGUAUUGGAGAAAAUGGAGCUUUAAGCUUUGGUAAAUAUAUGUCAUAAUGCAAUAGCUUAACUACCUUAGAUGUUUCCUUUUCAUCGAAUAAAAUUGGUGAUGAAGGAGUUGAAAUGUUCAUGUCAAGUAUAUUUGAUUGCUUAAAUCUGUAAAAUUUAUCAGUUUAUUUUGGAUGUAACAAGCUUGGACCAAAAAGUGGAAAAUACAUCGGUUAAGCUUUGUCUAAAAAAAAUAACCUUUCUUCUUUUGAAAUCUCAUUAUAUUAGAAUUUAAUAAAAACUUAAGGUGCAAUAGACUUACUUUAGGGUUUGGCAAACUAAACAAACCUCUAUAAGCUGAAGCUUGAUUUGUUUGGAAAUCGCAUUGGUAUCUAGGGUGUAACUUAACUAUGUUCAACUAUGGCACAGCUAAAAAAUAUUUAAAUAUUAUGUUUAUAUUUAGGUGAGAAUAAUAUCUGUAAUGAAGCUAUAUAAAUGAUAUCUACUUCAAUAAUAAACUCAAAAAAUAUCUAUGCAUUAGAUUUGGAUUUUUAGUAAAAUUCUGUUUGUUUAAUUGAUUAAAACAAUUUAAAAUAACUUAACACACUUGAGACUGUUUUUUAAAUUUGUUUAAUUAAAAGUGAUAAUAAAGUUAGUAAAGAAGUUUUAUAAUAAUUCUGCUUGUCCAUAAGUAAAAUCAGUAAUCUCUACAUCUUAAGAGUAUCUCCAAUUGAUACUUUAGAUGUCCGUGAUCAGAAAAAGCUUAAAAAAAUAUCAAAAUUAGUUCUAUGA